AUGCAUCUCCCAAUCGCACUGUUCUCCCUCUUCGCCGCUUCUUCUUCGAUUUUGUUCCUGAUAUUGCUCCCUCAUCGCAUAUGGACACUGCGUAAAGAGACAGUGAAAACUGUUUCGGGACAGCACCGCUCCUAUGCCAAGCAGCUUCUCGCUGUUCUUCUGGUAGCUGCUCAACUCACUAUUGUGAUUGAGACACUAUCUAACCCUUCUCGUCCUCUUAUUACGGCUCUGUCUGUCACUCUGUCGUUCAUUGCAUACGUGGCCCUCUUUCCAUUGCUUCUAUUGGAGCAUGCUCGUUCUACCCGCCCUUCAGACCUUGCAGUCAUCUACCUACUUGCUUCUCUGGUAUACGAUGCUGCCGUGCUUGGUGAACAGGCCUCCAAAAAUGGAAUCAUGUCUCUGACACGGGCAGAAUUCCUUCCAACAGCGAUAAGUUUGUUUGUGAAGUUAUGCCUACUGAUUACUGAGAGCCGAGGCAAGGGGAAGAUCCUGCAGGUGUCAGGGACCAAAUCAUCUCCAGAGCAACUGGCAGGUGUCUUGAGCCGGACCUUCUUUUGGUGGAUCAACCCGAUCCUAGCCCGAGGGCAUACUGAUAUCUUGGAUGAGGACAGCCUGCCAUUGCUAGAUAGCAAGCUUGGGUCGCGUAUGCUUCGGCGACAGGCUUUGAGAGCCUGGGAUCAAAGAUCAAUGCCGGAGACCAAAUUGACUCUUCCGAGGGUUCUGGUUGCGAGCCUCCUCUCUCCUUUCCUUGCACCCAUUGUUCCUCGUCUCUUCCUUAUUGUCUUUCGGUAUGCUCAACCAGUCCUCAUCAGCACUGUUGUGCGCUAUUUAAGCACCGCGGUCGACGAAGUCUCUCCAGAAUCAGGCUAUGCCUUGAUUAUAAUGGCUGUUGUUGUCUAUGUUGGCCUAGCGAUCUCUAAAGCCGUUUAUAACCACCGUCUCAACCGACUGCAGACUAUGGUCCGAGGUGCAGUGGUUGGCCUCAUCAACCGGAAGUCGCUAGACCAGCAGUCUAGUGGUUACAGCGACGCAAAAGCCGUGACAUUGAUGAGCACAGAUGCCAACGGCAUUUGCCAGAGUGCCAGGUUCUUCCAUGAGACAUGGGCCCAGGUGAUCGAAGUGAUAGUGGGUAUCACGAUGCUAGGUAAAGAGGUGGGCUGGCUUUGUCCGGUUCCUCUUGUCAUUAUAUUCUUUUGUUCCAGGAUGAGUCGCUACGUGGCUAAGAACCUCCAGAGCAAGCAAAAGGGUUGGAACGAGUCUACCCAAAAGCGCCUUGCCAUGACGAGCUCAAUGCUUAGCUCUAUGAAAGGCUUGAAAAUGCUGGGUGUCACGGCCUACACUGAAUCCAUAAUUAACUCCCUGAGGCUCCAGGAGCUUGAUAUGAGCAGCAGGGUUAGGUGGAUGAUGGUUGCUUACAAUGCCAGUGCGAAUGCACUGGGGAUAUUUACCCCUAUCAUCACCUUUGUGCUCUUUGUCCUGAUUGCCCGAAUCAACGGGUCUGCAUUGGACACGGAGACUGCAUUCACAACAACGGCACUGCUGGGAUUGGUGACCCAUCCCGCUAACAUGAUAAUGUCCAUCGUGCCACAAGCAAUUGGUUCACUAGCUGCUUUUGAGAGGAUCCAGCUAUACCUCUUGCAGCCGCCUCGACACGACCACAGACAAGAUCUUGAGGAGGUUGAUGGUGGUUCCACCUGCAUGUCUGCAGCGGUCACUAUAGAUAACGUGGAUAUCCAGCCAGGUCCAAAAGCCCCUCCGAUUCUCACUAAAGUCAGCAUUGUAGUGAAACGGGCAUCAGUGAUCGUUUGCUUGGGGCCAACAGGGAGCGGUAAAACAACACUUGCUAAAGCUAUCCUAGGUGAGAUAGCACCAGUACGUGGAAGCAUAUCCGUCACUUCAAAAAGAAUAGGCUAUUGCGAUCAGUUCCCUUGGCUACCUAGCGGAACUCUCAAGUCAGCCAUAUGUGGGUACUCAUCCUAUGAGCCGAGUUGGUAUGAGGAGGUCGUUCGUCUCUGCUGUCUCGAAGAGGAUAUCUCAUUACUUCCCGACGGACAUGAGACCAUGAUAGGAAGCAGAGGUCUGAAUAUCUCGGGGGGGCAACGACAACGUGUGGCUCUUGCACGUGCUAUAUAUGCGCGUUGUGAUAUCAUGAUUUUCGACGAUGCUUUCAGUGCUCUUGAUGGUAAAACAGAAAGCCGUAUUGUUUGGAACCUUCUGGGGCCUGAUGGUCUCUGCCGAACGAUGGAAACUGCUGUGCUUGUUAUAAGCAACUCAGCUUCCUUUUUUCAUUUGGCCGAUGAACUUGUUGUCCUUGGAGAUAACACAGUCAAAUACCGAGGGACAUUAGACAAUCUGCCACAAAGCCCAGAGCAAAUCCUCAAAGUCAAUACCGACGCGGCAAUGAAUGAUGGCAAGAACAAGGAAAUCCACGCAGAUAAAACUCUACAGAACCAGGAACUAAGGGUAGCUGAUGCUAUUUCUGACCUGAGUCGGGCAACAGGGGAUAUUUCCCUCUACAGUUACUACAUUAAAGCUGUUGGGUUCCGAAAAUUUCUUACACUCUUAGCGUGCACAUCGUGCUAUUCAUUCUUUGUCACAUUUCCACAGUAUUGGUUGCAAAAGUGGACCGAAGCGCCUCCUUCUCAGACAAACUUCUAUGUAGGAGGCUAUUUGAUUGCAUCUCUGUUGGCGUGGGUUUCUACCAAUGGCUCUAUGUGGUCGACACAUAUCCUUAUUGCACCCAGGUCAGGAGCUGAAUUGCACCGCCGUCUGAUUUCAACUGUUACAGGGGCGUCACUUGGCUUCUUUUCCACGACUAAUACAGGAGUUAUACUUAAUCGAUUCAGCCAAGAUCUAGAACUAAUUGAUAGGCAACUGCCACCAGCUAUCUUAGCCCUUUCUAAUCAGGUCUCCAAGCUUAUUGUACAAACUACUCUGCUUUUCAGUGCGCAGAAAUUCAUGUCCCUUACACUUCCCUUUUGUCUGGCGAUUGUCUAUUUGAUCCAGCGGGUAUAUCUACGCACAUCCCGACAACUUCGACUCCUUGAUCUGGAGGCGCAAUCUGCAGUUUAUUCAAGCUUCCUGGAAUCGGAUGAAGGAAUAAUAACAAUCCGCGCCUUUUCCUGGCAAAACAAGAUUGAAGAUAUGAACAUCAGCUCCUUGGAUAAGUCCCAGCAGCCAGCCUAUACUCUCCUCUGUCUACAACAGUGGCUUGGACUAGUACUCGACCUUCUAGUUGCAGCCAUUGCGACGAUCUUAAUCGUCCUUGCUCUAAUGUUAAGGGGGUCGACAACAGCCGGGCAGAUUGGAAUGGCUAUGAAUCUGGUCCUGUUCGCAAACACAACUCUCCUGGGUCUUGUGACCUCCUGGACUAACAUGGAAAUCUCCCUUGGCGCCAUUUCCCGACUCAAGGACUUAGAAGCGAAGACUCCCAGAGAGGACAAGCCAUGCGAAUCUUACAGUCCAGUAGAUGCAUGGCCUUCCUCUGGCAUUGUGGAAUGCGAUGAUAUCUCGGUGGCAUACAAACCAGGGAUUUUAGCCCUCAAAAACGUCACCAUCAAGGUCUCGUCAGGACAGAAGCUCGUGGUCUGCGGUCGUACUGGCAGCGGCAAAAGUACUCUGUUAUUGACGCUCUUGCGCCUUUUGGAUACUACUUCUGGCAGAAUUAAGGUGGAUGGACUUGAUAUAAGCCUGAUCCCUCGCUCUUUGAUCAGGGAGCGAUGCUUCAUCACAAUUCCGCAGGACCCAUUCGUUUUUGGGCAAGCCACUCUUCGGUUUAAUCUUGAUUUAGCUGCUUCCCUUCCGGACGAAGAUAUUGCUGCCGCUUUGCAGAGAGCUGGCCUGUGGUCCCAUUUCACUUAUGGUAGGCCAAAUCUAUCACCCACAGAAACGAAAUCUAUACUGGACAAGACGAUGGCGGACCUACCGGGUAUGUCCGCCGGCCAGAUGCAGCUCUUCGCUUUGGCACGCGCACUUGUAAGACUGCAGGUUCUGAACCCUCGACAAAGUCCUUCGGAUGCGGCUUUAAGCCGUCCCCAUCGCAUGCCGGUUCUUCUUCUUGAUGAAGCUACAUCAUCUCUUGAUCCAGAGACAGAGGCCGUGAUGCAAAAGGUAUUACACCAGGAUUUUACCAAGCGGGGUCACACUGUUAUUGCCAUUACACACAGGUUAAGUGGAGUAACGAAAAACAUGCAUCCAGAUCAAGACAUGGUUGCUAUACUGUCAGAAGGAAGAUUGAAGAUGGUUGGCAGAGCGCAGGAGUUCAUAGGCGAUAUAAGUAUAUAA